AUGGUCGAACAUCUAAAAAACCCAAUGCUGAUCACCGAACUCGUAGAAAAGUUACCUUGCGAGUAUCGUAUGCAGUGGGCACGGCGUAUUCGUGACGGAACCAGUAGCCUCGCGUCGUUUGCUCAUUUCAUGGAAGACGUAACGGAAGACGCAAUAUCAGUGACGCGCAUACCACGAAAAACGGCGGAGCGAACGACAGGCAGUGUUAGGCAGCAAACGCAUCAAACAAAGGAAGACGGUGCAAGGCACACGCCGAAGACCACCAACACAAAGGCUACCUACACCAGCAGCAAGUUCAGUGCUCCACAACAAUGUGCGAUGUGUGCCGAGCAUCAUCGAACGUUUCAAUGUGACGAACUGGCAGCUUUACCCGUGCAAAAACGACGGGAAGUAGUCACACAAAAAAAACUGUGUUGGAAUUGUUUAAGUGUUGGGCACCAAGUGAAAUUCUGCAAAUCGAAACACGUUUGCCGGGUGUGUUCCCAGAAGCAUCAUACAUUGGUACACGAAAACAAGUCCAUUCCUGAACCAACAGGAACGAAUGCCAGCCUAUCGGCUCGAGUGUAUGCCAGCACGGUGUUACUAGAAACGGUAACCGUCUGGGUACUGGAUCGGUACGGAAACCGCCAUCACGCUCGUGCGCUGUUAGAUUCGGCAUCAAUGUGCAACUUUAUGUCGAAAAGGUUGGCUGCAAAACUCCAGCUUCGCUGGUCAAAAACAAAUACACAGAUAGUAGGCAUCGCAGAAAGCAUGCAUCGGGUGAAAUAUGAGACCCACGCAACUAUUCAUUCGAAGGUGAAUUCGUUCUACAGCACAGAGAACUUUUACAUAAUGGAGAAACCAACAUCUGAUUUACCAUCAAGUGUCAUCAGUACAAGCAGUCUAAAGCUACCCGACGUAGAAUUGGCUGAUCCAACGUUUUACAAACCGGCUCCGAUCGACAUGAUCAUUGGAGCAGAACAUUAUCAACAACUAUUCACCGGGAAACGGAUUCAUCUAGAAGCUGGGGAUCCGCUGCUAGUGGAAACGAUGUUUGGCUGGGUCGUGUGUGGACCUCUGCGAGAGGCACUUCCAACCAAAUCGUUAGCUUGUCAUGUGACAACAGUCGGUCUCGAAAAUGUGCUACAAAGGUUUUGGCAACUCGAUGCAGUCCCGGAACAAUCAUACCAACCCAACACAGAAUGUGAAGCGCAUUACAAUGCCACAGUUAUUAGAGAACCAUCGGGAAGGUAUGCAGUGCGACUGCCGAGAACAAAUGAUUCAACUAAACAAUUGGGUGAAUCAAAAAGUAUCGCGCUACGGCGAUUCAGGACUCUAGAGCGACGGCUCGAGUCAGACGCAAUUGUAAAGAGUUCUUACCACGAGUUCAUGAGAGAGUAUGAACGACUAGGACAUAUGCAGAAAUUGGACAAUCCUGAUAUUAACAUUUCUCAUUGUUUUCUACCACAUCAUGCAGUGUUCAAGGAGUCCAGCACUACGACUAAAACCAGAGUGGUCUUCGAUGCAUCGUGUAAAACAUCUUCGGGGUAUUCCUUGAACGACAUCCUUUUGGUGGGUCCAGUCAUACAAAAGGAUUUACUGUCUCUACUUCUGAAGUUUCGUACACAUGCAAUUGCGUUGGUCGGCGACAUUGAAAAAAUGUACCGACAGAUAAGGGUGCAGGAAGUAGAUCAACCACUUCAAAGGAUCGUGUGGCGGGAAAAUCAAGCUGAACCAAUAUCCACAUACCAGCUGCAAACCGUCACAUAUGGCACAUCUUCUGCGCCAUAUUUAGCAACAAAAACAUUACAGAAAUUGGCCCAGGACAUGAGGCACGUGUCACCAACGGCGGCCGAUGCAAUUUCUAUGGAUUUUUACGUCGACGAUUUGCUGUCCGGAGCGACAGACGUGUCAGCAGCCAUACAUUUGAGAGAAGAUAUAUCCAAAAUUCUAGCAUCGGCUGGUAUGCCAAUGAAAAAGUGGGCAUCAAACUCAAUUGAGGUAUUGAACUCCAUACCUCUGGAGGAUAGAGCCAUCGAUCCAUGGCACAAUUUCCAGGAUAGACAAACGGUCACAACACUUGGGUUGAUCUGGGAACCACAAUCAGAUCUGCUCAGCUUCAAGGUACAAUCAUCGGAAAAUGUGGACGCGUACACUAAACGGAUUGUACUAUCACAGAUUGCAAAAAUAUUUGAUCCGCUUGGCCUG